UCUUCAUACGACGCCCUGCCAUCACGUAGCACAACCGUCAACCAUACUAUACUACCACUUGUCUUUUCUCUUCCCCGCUCGUACAUCACCGGUUCCCGCGAUUUAUUUGUUGAUUGUUGACAUCCACUGAUCCACUGAUCGACAAACGAACGCGUUAACGACGUAUAUUUACCGAAUGUAGUGCUCUCGUGUUUUCCUCUCUCAUAUUGUUAUCGGUUUCUCGAACGGCACCCGCGAUACGAAUUCUGCUCGCAUGUUAUCGUAAUUAGGUCUCCGUUCGUCGUCCCACCGAAAUCCGUAUCCAUGUAAUCUGACUGGCAGCGCGUUUCCCGGGUAACUGGCGUUCGUAGUCUCUUGAACGACGAUUUUCGGACGACUCUGUCCUGCUUACCACACGUGAUCCGUGUGUUUCCUGCCUUCACAUCCUGUAUUGCAAACAAGUACCAACAAUGGAUAAUUUGGAGAGAAAGAAAUCUGCUGGUUUAAAAGAAACCAACAAUCUUUUAAACCUAGAAGCGCAUUUUGUUGGAUUUGAUAUUAAUGAUGAAGUAUUGAUAAUUAUUGAAAAUAAGAAAAAAUCUUUAAAAAUGGAACUUAGUAAAGAAACAGGUGAACCUAUGGAAGUAGAUGAGCCAACUGAUGGUCCACCUAUUGUUAAUAAUAAUCAUGUUAAUAAAAAGAAACAAUCUAAAUCAAGUAUAUCACCAGAACCUAACGAUAAGACCGUUCGAAGUAAUAAAAGACAAAAGAAAGACAACACACGCAGCAAUGCCUUAGAAUCUUCAGAAUCGCUUAUUCCUCUAGAAUUUUCUACUCCAACAUUCAACUUAACCUCUUCUAACACUAGAACGCGCCGUAGUACAGGCAGAAAAAUGAAUGUUGAUAUCAGUGAUGCUAUUUUUAAACUUCCAUUUGAGCACGGAUGGAAACGAGAAUUAGUAUACAGAACAUCAGGUGAAUCUACUAUUAUUAAUCGGUCAAAUAGAAAUGGUGAUGUAUACUACUAUUCACCAAAUAACCGAAAACUUCGAUCUUUGCGAGAAAUUCAGGAACAAUUAGACAUCUCAUCUGAUAAAACUUCUCUUACUAUAGACAGUUUUACUUUUUUAAAACAACCAAUUGGCAUGAAUGAUCGAUCAAAAGAAAUUAUCAGAGAUGCAAAUUCUAAAUUAUCUAAGGAGGACUCUUUUGUUGGUGUUGCUGUUCGACCUAAAAAAUCUAAAACACCUGUACAGCAGCGGCCACCAUAUGAUUAUGAAUUGUCAGAUGAUGAAAACAACAAGUCAGCAAAUAAAAUGAAAAUUGUUUUUAAAAAUGCAAAGACCUCAAGAUCAAGAUCUAAAAAAGGAAAUUCAGAAUUAAUGAAUACAUCGUCAUCUACACCUGAAUAUGUAUCUGAAGACUGGCAAGCCAUUCAAUCUAGUGUGUCACCAAACCUUGCUUCUCCUAAACUUGAUAAUGUUGAUGUAGAUAGCAAAAUCAUUAAAAGACGGUUGUCAACAUCAGAUGGAGAAGUCAUCAUGCAGACUCCUUGUGGUAUACGGUGUCCCAAUAGUGAUGAACCUGCUACGUUAAUGUGUGCUCAAUGCCUGGUCUACUAUCAUCCAGCAUGUGUCAAUUUAAAUGCUAAUUUAAAAAUUGUUGGUUAUGUAUGUAUAAACUGUCGGUCUACUAUGAGACAAAGAAAUAGACGUGUACAGUCAUCUCAUACUGUAAUUGUUGGUGCUACUGAACCAGAACAACUACGUGUUGAACCUAUUCGUAUACGACAAGUUCAUCAAGCAUCAGAUACGCCUAAUUUCUUUAUUGAUAGAACACCAAUUUCUCCUAAAAUUGAAGAACCACAUUAUGAAACAGAUGAAUAUAGUGAUGAAAGUGAUUCUGAUUUAUUAAAUACUGUUAUAUGUCAAGGAAAUGCUUACAAAACUUCAAUGGUUGAUGGUAGUUUUCAUGAACAGUAUGUUUAUGAAAUGAAACAAACACGAGGACCUAGUUUGAUGACUUGUGUUAUUCAAGAACCCAAAAAUUUGGAUGAGAAUUUUGAAAUGAAUGGUUCAGUUAGAGCAAUUUCAACUCCUUUUGCAUCCAUGCAAUCAUUCAAUUACAUGGUCAAAGCUUUGAGACACGUUUUUAAACAUCUAAAAACAAAUGAGCUUUUAUCAGCUUCUAGAGUAUGUACCGCCUGGCAUAUAAUCGCAAUGAAUAAGUUCUUAUGGCAAAAUGUUCGUUUAAAAAAUUCUAUGGUCUAUGACUGGGAAAGGUUUGUAGACUCUAUUGAUCAACAAAGAACUGAUACAUUAGAUACUAGACGAAUGUUAAUACCUGUAAAAAUUGAAGAAUUUGAAAAUUUUUGGUUGAAUUUUGCCAAAGCCAUGAAAAGAGCACAGAAGUUAAAAUUUAUUGAAUUGUAUAGAUGUCCUACUCAUGUAGUUGAAGAUAUUAUUUACUCGUUACCUCAACUUGAAAUACUUAAUGCUACUUCAAUUAAAAAUCCUAAUGUUACAAAAGAAGCGAAAAAUACUAACGACUUUAUGGUCCUUAACUUAAAUUAUUUAGGCCAAAUGACAAAGCUCACUGAAUUGAGACUAAAAGGUUUAACUGGAAUCAAAUUAACGUCAUUGCCAUCAUUUGGAAAUUUAGUAAAUUUGAAUAAAUUUUCAUUAACCUCUAUUAAGUCAUUUCCAAACGACAUCUGUCAGAGUUUGGAUACUAUUACUGAUAACAUAGAGUUUUUGGAAAUUGGUGAUUGUGAUUGCCUACCAAGUGAUUUUGCAUUGUCACUAAAAAGAUUUGUCAAUUUGAAAUCAUUGAGAUUAGAAAAUUGCUGUGGUAAAUGGGAAAGUUUUGCACAAGAUGUUUUUACUGUUAUCAGGGGUCUUGAAAAGCUCACUAUUCUGGAAUUGAUAAACAUAGAAUUCAGUAAUUGUGUUGAAGAUGAAUUAGAAAAAUGUCUUGGUAUUAAAGCUCUAUUGAUUAUUCCUGCUUAUGUGAGCCAAUCUGCUACUACCAACUGCCACUUGAUUGACUGCCUCAAGAAACUUUCCAAGACAUUAACACACUUGGUUUGGGGAUUGACUCAUGAAUUACUUCGUGUUACAGACUUAUUUAUAACUCAAUAUCAACAAAACCAGCAUAGUAUUGGUUAUAAUUUAGAAUUAUCUCACACCAAAGAAACAACUAACAAUAUACCUAUACUAAGGACUAGAAAACCCAGACAGCGACCCGGAGAUGAGCCUGCUCCCGAAAAAGAUAAAGACAAAGACAAAUCAGACAACGUUGAUAUACUCUCAGUUCCUGCUCUAGAGAAAUUGCUAGAUACAAUGAUGCCUGAUGCUAAAACUAAAGUAAUUAAGGUUCCCUUUUCUGGAACAGUUAGAGUGUAUUUGAGUGAACAGUUUAAUGAUCUUUGAAUUAAAUGUGUAGUAUUCAUUUGUUUCAUUACACAAAAACCUUUUCAUAUUAUGAUUCUAUUUUUAUGAACAUGAAAAACAAUUUUUUAUCAUUCAAGGUUGAAGAUAUUAAUAACAGUUUAAAUUAUUAGUUAUAAUG